AAAGAGGAGACAAAAAAAGGGACUAAAAUAGCGCCGAACCUGCGGGUUAAUGUGCACCAAUGGCCACGAAGUCACUCGUGGUCUCAGAGCUGAACGAAAAAGUGCCACAGGUGAUAGGAGGUAUGGACACGGAGAUGAGAGAGUUUGAGCAUCCUAUGUGUUGCACAUAAGUAACCAAAAGUCGCUCUAAACAAACUUUGCCAUGUAAGAUUAGCGACCGAAACCUCUGCACGGUGCAGAAAUUCUACGAUUUCACCACGUCACUUCUCGGGAGAUCAUGAAACAACAUCGGAUGUGUCUGAGGCGAGGACACGUUGAGGAAGCUGAGGAAAGACAUCUUCACCGAUGAGGCAGCCAAGUUUCCCUUCGCCUCUCCCUUUACGCACAGGCAAGGUGAGGACGGAGAGCAUCACAUCAAUGUAGAGAAAACUCCAAUGAGUCAUCCGAGGUGUUGAGAGAUCGGCAGCAGACGGGAGAAGCACAACUACAAUUUGCAAUCGAAAAUCAUUUUUUAAAAAGCACAUCAUGGAUGGAGAAGGAGGAUCAUCCGGGCUGGUCAAAUCAGCCGCAGUAAAACUGUCCGAGAUGGGUGAAAGAACCAAGCAGUUAGGCACCGCGAUAAAGGAUCCUCACCAGCAAAGACGGAUCAUAUUAGUGAUUGUUUGCGUGGCUCUCCUGCUGGACAAUAUGCUCUACAUGGUAAUCGUGCCAAUUAUUCCAGACUAUCUUGCUGAGCUGGAGAGUGAGCAGUCAGAGCACGUCCACGUAGUGAUACACCCCAACUCUACAGCCAACAGCACAAGCCAAUACAAAGUCAACAAGAACAAUUUAGAUAUCCAGAUAGGAGUACUUUUCGCAUCUAAAGCCAUCCUGCAGCUGUUAGUUAACCCGCUCUCGGGAACUUUCAUAGACCGGGUUGGAUAUGACAUUCCACUUUUUAUCGGACUGUCUGUUAUGUUCGUGUCCACAUGCAUAUUUGCAAUCGGGGAGAACUAUGCGACUCUCUUUGUGGCCAGAAGUUUGCAGGGUCUUGGGUCUGCUUUUGCGGACACCUCUGGAAUCGCGAUGAUAGCUGACAAAUACACAGAGGAGUCCGAGAGGAGCACGGCGCUGGGCAUCGCUCUGGCGUUUAUCUCUUUCGGGAGUCUGGUUGCGCCUCCCUUCGGGGGCAUCCUGUACGAGUUUGCUGGCAAGAAAGUGCCCUUCAUCGUGCUCGCCUGCAUAUGCCUGGCGGACGGCUUUCUGGUGCUGAUUGUGAUCAAGCCCUUCUCCAACAGGACUAGAGAGAACAUGCCAGUCGGCACCCCCAUAUACAAACUCAUGGUUGACCCGUACAUAGCUGUGGUGGCCGGGGCGCUGACAGUGUGUAACAUCCCCCUGGCCUUUCUAGAGCCCACCAUAGCCAACUAUAUGGAGACCACCAUGCACUCGACUCAGUGGGAAAUGGGGCUCGCCUGGCUCCCGGCCUUCUUCCCUCAUGUUCUCGGUGUUUACAUAACAGUUAAAUUGGCAUCAAAGCAUCCACAAUUACAGUGGUUCUACGGAGCUUUAGGUAUGGUUAUCAUAGGGGCGAGCUCCUGCACAGUCCCUGCAUGCAAAACGUUUGGGCAGCUCAUCGCCCCGUUGUGCGGCAUUUGUUUUGGCAUUGCACUCGUAGACACUGCCCUGCUGCCGACUCUUGCGUUUUUAGUUGACGUGCGUCAUGUUUCAGUGUACGGUAGUGUUUACGCUAUAGCAGAUAUUUCCUAUUCUGUUGCAUAUGCUAUGGGUCCUAUAGUGGCCGGCCAGAUAGUGCACAAUCUCGGGUUUGUACAACUUAAUUUGGGUAUGGGCCUCGUCAAUGUGCUUUACGCGCCAGCACUGCUGCUGCUGCGCAACGUGUGCCAAAUGAAACCGUCUCACUCAGAGAGAGAUAACCUGUUAGAGGAGGCUCCGCAGGGGCUGUACGAUACUAUCAAGAUGGAGGAGAGGAGAGCUAAAAAGAAGGGCUACAGUUCGGCAGGGAAUUCUUUGUCAGUAGAUGAAAAUGGGUUUGACCCGUUCAGAGCACAGCGGUCCUUGUCAGAAGAGUCGUCCGGUCCGGAGUUCACUUAGCUCGGCCACACUCUCACCGCCCCCACCGUAACAUUCCCCACGGAGAGAUUUGGAGAAGUUAUAGUCAAGUAAUUUAAACUUUUAUGUAAGUACCGAUGUGCAAUAUAAACACCCAAUCACCAAAAUCAUGAUGGUGUGACCCGCUUUCCAGAGUUUAUCGUUUCUUUUUUGACUGUGAUUUCAUUGUGUCGAACAAGUCUAUGUAGCGUUUGUCAUGGACGUAUAACUGGAGUUUUGUGAGAGAUCUAUCAGCUAAUGUUGAAUUUGUGUGUAUCACUGAGUAUUGUAAAAAGAUAUAAAUAGAUAAAUGUGCGUACAAGAUUAUAUGGGACCAACUAUAAACAGCACAUUUCCCCCCACCUUACAAAAAAAUAGCCUAUAUUUUUAGUCUCUGAAGAAACUUUUUUUACUUGCACAUCAAAGGCCUAAUUUUCCUUUUUUGGUUGUUGAAAAAAAAAAUCGUAAAUUUUUAUUUUGUAACAAGUGGGCCUGUUUGUUAUUUAUUUUUCAUUCAAUGUUUUGGUUGUUUGAAAUUAAAUGUAUCAUAUUAAAUGGAUUUUGUACAUAUGUGGAUACAUGCACAAUGUAAAUGGUUAAAACAUACGUGGACCUCUACAAAGUAUGUGUGCGUUCGUGUGUGUGCGCGCGCGUGUAUGUAUGAACCAUUUUGUCAAGACGUAGCCAAUGAAGUCAGUCUCCUUCAGAUGAACAAAUAUGUAUUCAUUUAUCAAUUGUCGUUUUAAUAAAUCUCUGUUUGGA